ACGUCUGUCCAUCAUACUCAGUAAACCGGGCUUGGAGGAACAGGUUGAGACGUUUACAAACUGCGAAAUCAUCCAACAUCAUACAACGCGGUAACACUACAAACACAAACUGGCGUCUGGGGGUGGAGCUUGGGAAGGUGCAGGUGUACCAGGAAGAAAACAGAGAAACGCGUGUGCAGAUCCAGGAGUCGGUUCGAGGCAAAGAUGUCUUCAUCAUCCAGACAGUGUCUAAGGAUGUGAACACUACCAUCAUGGAGUUGUUGAUCAUGGUGUAUGCGUGCAGGACUUCCUGUGCCAGGAGUAUCACCGGGGUGGUCCCCUACUUCCCCUACAGUAAACAGUGUAAGAUGAGGAAGAGAGGGUCUAUCGUCUCCAAGCUGCUGGCCUCCAUGAUGUGUAAAGCAGGUCUGACCCAUCUCAUCACUAUGGAUCUUCAUCAGAAGGAGAUUCAGGGCUUCUUCAACAUCCCAGUAGACAACCUGAGAGCUUCUCCCUUCCUACUGCAGUACAUACAGGAGGAGAUUCCUGACUAUAGAAACGCAGUGAUAGUGGCCAAAUCUCCAGCCUCAGCCAGAAGGGCCCAGUCGUUUGCAGAGCGGAUGCGUCUGGGUAUUGCAGUGAUCCACGGAGAGGCCCAGGAUGCAGAUGGAAGACACUCCCCUCCUACUGUCAAGAUACCACUGUUGAUCCCUAAAGAGAAGCCUCCCAUCACAGUGGUAGGAGACGUAGGAGGACGCAUCGCCAUCAUAGUGGAUGACAUCAUCGAUGACGUGGACAGUUUCGUGGCGGCCGCGGAGACGUUGAAGAAGCACGGAGCGUACAAGAUAUUCGUCAUGGCGACGCACGGCAUCCUCUCCUCCGAUGCACCGAAACUCAUAGAGGAAUCUGCCAUCGACAAGGUGGUGGUAACCAACACUAUUCCUCAUGAGCAUCAGAAGCUGCAGUGUGUUAAGAUCCAGACGGUGGACAUCAGCCUUGUCCUCUCUGAAGCCAUCAGACGAAUCUACAACGGGGAGAGCAUGUCCUACCUGUUCAGACACAUCGGACUGGAGGACUGAACACACACACACACACACACACACACACACACACACACACACACACACACACACAUCAGACGAAUCUACAACGGGGAGAGCAUGUCCUACCUGUUCAGACACAUCGGACUGGAGGACUGAACACACACACACACACACACACACACACACAUCAGACGAAUCUACAACGGGGAGAGCAUGUCCUACCUGUUCAGACACAUCGGACUGGAGGACUGAACACACACACACACACACACACACACACACACACACACACAUCAGACGAAUCUACAACGGGGAGAGCAUGUCCUACCUGUUCAGACACAUCGGACUGGAGGACUGAACACACACACACAUCAGACGAAUCUACAACGGGGAGAGCAUGUCCUACCUGUUCAGACACAUCGGACUGGAGGACUGAACACACACACACACACACACACACACACACACACACACACACACACACACACACACACACACACACACACACACACACACACACACACACACACACACAAUAAUAACAUAAUGUUACAAUAAUAACAUAAUGUAACAAUAAUAAUGUAACAAUAAUAAUGUUACAAUAAUAAUGUUACAAUAAUAAUGUUACAAUAAUAAUUUUACAAUAAUAAUUUUACAAUAACAUUGUUACAAUAAUAAUUUUACAAUAAUAAUUUUACAAUAAUAACAUAAUGUUACAAUAAUAAUG